CCGUAUUAACCCUUUCUAAGUAUAUCCAGUCGUACUCUCAUAACUUUCUUUGUUUUUUUGCUACCGUUAACAGUUAAGAAGUAAAGCUAAGAUAGUUGCCCAGCUAGAUCGGUGAACCAAUGCAAGGAGGAUCAUCAGGCAUUGGAUAUGGCCUCAAAUACCAGGCUAGAUGCAUUUCGGAUGUGAAAGCAGACACAGAUCACACCAGCUUCAUCACUGGCACUCUCAGUCUCAAAGAAGAAAACGAGGUGCAUUUGAUUCGGGUUUCAUCAGGUGGAACCGAGCUCAUAUGCGAGGGUUUGUUCUCGCACCCGAACGAGAUCUGGGACCUCGCUUCCUGUCCCUUCGAUCAACGGAUCUUCUCCACUGUCUACUCUUCUGGUGAAUCAUAUGGAGCAGCAAUAUGGCAGAUCCCUGAGUUAUACGGCGAGUUGAAUUCUCCUCAGUUGGAAAGAAUUACCUCACUUGAUGCUCAUGUUGGAAAGAUUAAAUGCAUUCUUUGGUGGCCCUUUGGAAGGCAUGAUAAGCUGAUCAGCAUUGAUGAGGAAACCCUUUUCUUGUGGAGCUUAGAUUGUUCCAAAAAAACAGCUCAGGUACAAUCAAAAGAGUCGGUUGGCAUGUUGCACAACUUAUCUGGAGGAGCAUGGGAUCCACAUGAUGUGAAUGCUGUUGCUGCAACUUAUGAAUCAGCCAUCCAAGUUUGGGAUCUACGUACAAUGAAGAAGACAAAUUCAAUUGAACGUGGCCAUGUCCGCAAUAUUGAUUACAACCCCAAGAAAAAACAUAUACUUGUCACUGCAGAAGAUGAAUCUGGGAUAAACAUAUGGGAUCUUAGAAAACCAAAGGUUCCCAUCCAAGAACUUCCUGGACAUACACACUGGACAUGGGCUGUCAAGUGUAACCCUGAAUAUGAUCGGCUGAUCUUGAGUGCUGGUACAGACUCAAAUGUCAACUUGUGGGUGACUUCUCCAUCUUGCAGUGAUGAUUUUACAUCUGAAAGCCUGGUUGAUUCACCUACUCGGCGGUUGAAUCCAUUACUUAAUUCAUAUAGUGACUACGAAGACAGUGUUUAUGGCCUUGCUUGGAGCGUUCGUGAGCCUUGGAUCUUUGCGUCAUUAUCCUAUGAUGGGAGGGUAGUUGUAGAAACAGUCAAGCCUUUUCUCUCAAGAAAGUAAAGCUCGACAUGAAUUGCGCAUUGCUAAAACUGGUCUACUUGGUGAUGGUUCUCGCUGAUAUUAUUGUGCAUUCAUUGGUCGGGUUCAGACAGACACCAGAGGGGACCAGAAGCUAAAAUUGAACUUGGGUGUGUUAGCGCUGAGUAACAGGUGAUGGCGUAAAUAGCUUUGUCCAGUAAGCAACACAUUGUGAAGACAACUCCAUUACAUACAUUCUUUUCAUAUGAAUCUAGGUAGAUUUAUUAUCACGAUAUCCGCUCAUGGAAUUCCAGGGUUAAUUUUAUAUUCCUUUUUUGUAAUUUUCUUUCGUUCGUAAGCUCAACCAUUGUUUGGUAAUCAUUUUACAUGUAUGUUUGAGAUGAACUGUUCUAUUUGACAUCUUUCACCUUAUCAAAAGCAUACGAAUAAAACUGGCUGUAAUGCAUUGAAA